AUGUCCGGUUAUCAACAUCUCUCUAAGGCCGGAAGCCGCUUCCUAAAGCAGGUCGAGAACAGACCAAAGCAUUUGGUGGACCAUUUCAAGAAGUUUGAGGAAAAAUCCAUGCCGUCGUUUUUGGUACCCUCUAUUCCACGCGUUGAAGAUGAAGAGCGGUUUAAAAGCGUCAGAGAGUGGAAAUAUAUGCCUGGGGACCGUGUAGUGGUGACCAAAGGCAAAUGGAAGGGCCAGGUGUGUUUGAUCCACCAACAUGACAAGGAAACAAACGGGUUUGUCCUGGACGAAAAUGGACCCACCAAAACGGUUCCGGUGCCCAAACAGUUUUGGUCAGAAGGUCAAAAUUCGCACAUGGUCACUUUCCCAAUGGCUGUUUCCCAAAAUGACGUAAAGCUCGUUGCAGAUAUCGACGAUCAGAAAGCCCCAGGCGAGACCAAGACCGUUGCAGUACGUGAUAUUGUUUUCCGGGGAUCGUAUUACGACGAAGCAUACAAAAAAUUGAUGCCCUUUAGAUGCGUCUCAGGGCAAGAAGACUUGGUGAUACCGUGGCCCCAGCCUGAGAAAAAGCCCGAUGGAACACUAGCUACAUCUCCUGAGGUUGCAAGAGAACAAACUUUCUGGGUCUCCAGUAUAGCACAAAGUCCCAUUCCGCAAGGCGCACUGCUCACAAUCCGUAACCCGAAAUCCAAAUUCAGAAGAGGUGUGCUCACAGCAAGAGACAUUGGCAAGCUCGUGGCUCCGAAGAUGCCUUUGACCAAGACGAAAAAAUCAUAUAUUGCAGAGAAACAACAACUGGCUGCUCGUCCAAAGCGGAAGCUGUCCGAUGACGAAAGGGAGCUCAUAGGCUCAAAGGUCUUCGAAUAUUACAGCCAGAACGCUUAA